AAAAGACUGAAAAGAGAGAGACAGUUGUUUUUAGUUUUUUAUUGCUCAGGUUCAGGUUGCCAUGUUGUUGAUAUGCUGUGAUAGACUAUAAUCAUGGCACUGUGGACUAAAAUUCAGCAACUUCCACCAGGAAGUUGGCAGCAAAUAUACGGCGAUAGGGACAUUUUCCCAAUAGAAGUAAGGCAUUAUUUGGCCUCCUAUAUCGAAGAAAAGUUUUGCUUGGAUAUCGAGCCGCAACCAGACAAUCCCCAGCACGAGCAAUUUAUUGCGAAUUUGGUGAAUUCCUUAAUAACUGAAAUUGAAAAUAGAGCUGCGAUUGUAAACGACUCCGAUUAUUUUCUAACUAAACUCAAACUUGCUGAGGCCGCAAAACAACUCCGAGUGAGAUAUGGUUCUAAUCCAAUGCAAUUAUUUAAUCUAAUUCGAGAUCGACUUGCUGCUGAAAUGAGGUUAAUUCAAACAGCAGGUAUUGAUAAUUUGGCCGGAUUACCUAAUAUAAUGAUGUCGAAUAGCGGAGCUGAGGUUUUGCAGAAAGUUAAUGUUUUAAGGAGUAGGACACAGGGAACUGCCGAAGAUUUACGAAAAAUGGAAAGUGAAUUAGAAUCGUUUGCUUUGCAAUAUCAUGAAUGCUCUAAAAUUAGUGCACAUUUACAAACGAUAAUUUCCCAACCUAAUGCUCAAUUACCGGCCAACGUUUCCAAGCUUCAAAAACAGAAAGAAUCACUGGAACAAAUUCUUAAUCAAAAGUUAGCUGGCUUAAUGCAGAUGAGACUGGCUUUGGGGGAAAAACUGAAGGAAACAUAUCAACUUUUGGCACAGCUACAGACGCAGGUUUUAGAUGAGGAAUUGAUUAAAUGGAAACGCGAUCAGCAAUUGUCCGGCAACGGGGCGACAUUCACAAGCAAUUUGGACACUAUUCAAGAUUGGUGCGAAAAUUUGGCGGAACUCAUAUGGUUGAAUCGACAACAGACGAAAGAAGUGGAAAGAUUGAAGUCUAGAUUGCAAGUCGAAUAUCCGCCCGUUGUCGCUGAUGUAUUGCCGCAACUGGUUCAAGAAUUUACUCAACUUCUCUCGACAUUAGUUACAUCGACGUUUAUUAUCGAAAAACAACCUCCCCAAGUCAUGAAAACGAAUACCAGAUUCACUGCUACUGUACGUUUGUUGGUCGGUGGUAAAUUAAAUGUACAUAUGACGCCACCGCAAGUGAAAGUUACAAUUAUAUCCGAGUCGCAGGCUAAUAUGCUCCUUAAAAGCGACAAAUUAGGUAAAAGCGGCGAAUCUUCCGGCGAGAUAUUAAACAACAACGGUACUAUGGAGUACCAACAGAACACUAGGCAACUUUCCGUCAGUUUUAGAAAUAUGCAGUUGAAGAAAAUCAAGCGAGCAGAAAAGAAAGGUACCGAGAGCGUAAUGGAUGAAAAGUUUUCGCUCCUGUUUCAAUCACAAUUCAGUGUCGGAGGCGGCGAAUUAAUGUUCCAAGUCUGGACUCUAAGUUUGCCCGUAGUGGUCAUUGUUCACGGUAAUCAAGAACCCCACGCUUGGGCAACGGUUACUUGGGAUAAUGCUUUUAGUGAACCAGGACGUGUACCGUUUACUGUGCCCGAUAAAGUUGCUUGGAAUAAAGUGGCAGAGACGUUGUCGUUGAAAUUUCGCGCUGCGACCGGUAGAGGUCUGACAGACGAUAAUUUGCGUUUCUUGGGAGAAAAAGCAUUCAGGGGAAGUCAAAAUGAAAACAGCAAUUCUUUGUUGACGUGGGCGCAGUUUUGCAAAGAACCGUUAAACGAAAGGAAUUUCACGUUUUGGGAAUGGUUCUAUGCCAUUAUGAAACUUACCAGAGAACAUUUGAGAGGACCAUGGGUCGAUGGUGCCAUAUUGGGUUUUGUAAGAAAACGGCAGGCUGAGGAGUUAUUGGGCGGAUGCCAUUGUGGAACGUUUCUCUUGAGAUUUUCAGACAGCGAACUUGGUGGAAUAACAAUUGCAUGGAUAUCAGACACAGGAGAAGUUUUCAGUCUACAACCGUUCACAUCCAAAGAUUUUGCCAUCAGGUCUCUUGCAGAUCGCAUCGCUGAUUUGAAUCAUCUCGUUUAUUUGUAUCCAGAUAUACAAAAAGAUGUACCGUUUGGAAAAUAUUACACACCUUAUCAAGACAAUCCUCCGACAAACAACAACGGUUACGUUCGACCCACUUUAGUGACGCAAAUUCCCGGAUUUUCUUCUGGUCACACGAGCUUUGCGAACACUCCGCAACACAUUUUGGUGCAAUCUCCCGACCCGACGCGCGACACUCCGUCCGUUGCCAGCAGUUCGGCAACGACGAUCAACACGCAGAUGGACAGCAGUACGGGCAUGCUGGAGCCAUUGGACGAGCUGUAUUUGGAUACCUUCGAUAUCAUGGGAUACAGGUCAUAAGGGGAUUCGGCUCAGGUAGUGUGAAUCCUUUUUGUUUUUAAUUAUGCGGCCAUCCACUGUUUAAAAAGUAAAGGUAGGAGGUUUUACUUUAUAUUUUUUUUUGUUUUUAUAUGUGUAUAUUACCACUUUAUGUUGUACAUUUGAUUUUAUUGAGAUGUUAAUUUGUAGAACCAGUAUUUAUAUUAAAUGUGGUUACAAUUAUAGUAAAUCUAUUACCAAUGCCAAUGUGGAUAAUUUGGUCGGUUUUCUUUGUUUGAGCGAUUUUUGAAUUUUUGAUGUGCUUGAUGAAGAAAUUAGUUAAUUUUAGGGCUUCCACAAAAUGUUGAUUUUAUGAACAUUGUGAAUACAUAUCAAUCAUCGAAGGGUGACUUACUUUAUGAGCAAAUCUUAUCGGACAGGCAAUAACACAUUAUUAAGUUUAAUAUUUUUGAAAUAUGAUAAUGCAUUUGGUUCAAAAUUAUUUUAUUGCGAACGAAUUCAUUCAAUACUCAAAUUCACACUGAUACACCAGUGAAUUUAUUUCUGUUUUCAAAAUUCCAUUGGAAACAUUUAUGUACUCUAUUAAUCACUUACUACUUAAUGUAAAGUCCACAAAUGAUUAACGGUUUUUGGCACAUAUCACUGCUUUAUAUUAAAACACGUUAUAGACUAGCAGUAUAUAAUAAAUAUAUAAACUUUUGUACAAUUUUAACGAGUAAAUUAUCGUAAAGGAUAAAGCCCCACAAUAGAAGAACAUUUAUACAAUACACUUCUGAAUAUAUUGUAUGUAAAAUUUAAUCCCCUCUACUUACUUUAUUAACAUAAACCGUCCAAACUCCACAGUGGUAUGCCAUAUUUAAGUAUGUUUUUAAUUUUUGGGUUGAAUAAUAGAAUAAGAGAAACAAAAAUGUUUUAAUGAUGCAUAUUUUUAUUGAGGAAAUAAUAGGCAAGGGAAUAUUUUUCCAAUCAAUUUUGACCUUAUUUUUAUUUCAAUUUUAUAGUAGUCACAGUUGCAAUUUACUACGAGUUUAUUUUCUUGCCUAUUAAACUGUUUAUUACUUUGAGUACAAAUAGAACGAUUUUUUUCAUUGAAUGGUGCAAUAUAUACUCAUAUAUGCUUGUUGAUUAAUUCCAUCAAAUCAGUUAUCAUGGUGCUUUAGUAAUGUAGGUUUGUAAUAGGUGCAAUAUGGAAAUGGACAUGAAUUUUCCAAAACUGGCUUUUAUUUAGAGUGAACCGUUGUCAUUUGUUGGUUUAAGUUUUUUGUAAACUAAUUAUUGCAAAAGCAGCAGGAUUUGUUUUCGAUCACUAAAUUUGUAACGUGAUGAUAUUGAUUUGCAGCGAAUCAACGAAUAGUUCAUUUAAAAAAUCACGAAUGGGUUAAAUUAAAUGUUAAUCAGAUUAUUGAUCGAUUUUUACAUUGCAAUUCACUCUAUAUUCAUAAUAUAUUUAUGCUUUUGCACAUUUUCUGUAACAAAAUUUGACAAUCUACCAAUAUUAUUACAUUACAAUUCGGUCAUUUUGGAUCUUUAAUGACUCUAAAUGCCUACUAAUUUAAUUCUAUAUACCUAUUUAGGUAAAAUCGAAUCUUGGAAAUUGUGAUAUUUAUGAAAUGUAAACUCUUAAAGGCAUUAAGAGAUUGUUUAGUUUAAAUAUCUAAAUUCGAUAUUUUCGACAACUUUUAAAAUCAGACAAACUCUAUUUUAGGAAAUAAAGUUACAAAUUGUUGACUUUGAAAUAGUUUAUAGUACAUAUGUAAUUAAUAGUAUAUGUAGAAGACUCCCCAUUUCCUGUUAGACUGUGCCUCAUAUUUCAAUUCAUCCACAUGUGAUAUUUCAGAAAAAAAUAAUUAAUGUAGGUCACGUAAAAUUAAAAAAAAAACAUACUCGAUUGAUUUCUAAUCUUAUUGUAAAAAUGGACUAAUGUAACUUUUAGGACAAACACUUUAUAGUAAUCACAUGCUAAAAUAGCAAUAAAUUGUUUCUCACUUGUAUUUUCAUGGUGUAUUUUUUGUCCUGUAAGAAUAAUCGUUUGUCGAAAAUUGUGAAGGGUGGUUCUGGUUUUCGAAGGGUAAACUUUUACUCAUUGGCUGACCUGUUUCAUCUUGAUUUGGGCUCAAUUGUAAAUUGUAUACGAAACAUGAAGGCUGUGUUCACAGAAAUGGUCGAAUAUUAGUGAACUUUACAUUGUAAUCCUUUGGAAAUUCUAUAGAAAUUGGUGUAUCCAAUUUGAUAUUUAGAAUUAGAACCACUCUAAAUAAGUUUAAAUAUUAGAUUGAAACAACAAUUAGAUUUACGCACAGAGGUUUGAUUAUUUCAUAUAAGCUUUCAGAGAAUCUGAUUUAGAAUAAUGCAUUUACUUUUAAUAAAUGCAAAUUUUUGUUUUUAAUUUAUUCGAAAGCGAAAUAUUUAGGUGGGAUUCUUUUGAGCAAAUAUUCACAGUUCAAACUCUACUUCAAUUUUAUUAAAUUAAUUGGCAAUAAUUACUCCAAUAAAUACUUAUACACGACAUUUUUAGUUAUGAAUACCCUUUAAAAUAAAAUACUAAUAACUACUUACAGGUUACGGGUUGGUUCAUUUUAGUUUGCAAUAUGUAUACAUGCAUAGGCUAUGAGUGCGAUAAAGACAACUUCCAUUAGACCAUUAUAAAGGAAAAGAGUGAUAUUAUUGUCUUAUUGAAAAUUUUCUUUCUAACCGUUAUUUGAAUAAUUUUUGUUCAACUCAUAGAAAUGACCAUAUUGCAAACUGAAUGUCCAAAGUGUAUAUCAAACAGGUAAGACACUUUUUGAGAUUAAAGUUACUUAUAAUAAACAAAAGACAUUUCAAAACUUUUAAUAAAUAAAUUGUGCAUACUCGACAUAAAUAAUUUAAUUAACAACUUUGUACUACUAGAAUCAAACGGAUAAGUAAAAUGAACAUAUUAUUAAUUUACCAUUUAACAUAUUGUUUAUAUUCUUCCUUAACCGAUAUUCUUUUUAUUGUUUCAUACCCGAUGAUUAUACUAAAACUAAAAGUGGCCGACUGUAUAAGUCUUGCAGUAAGGCCUUUGGUAAACAUACGAAAACCUUCCUCUACCCAUAAGUCUCUAAAUGCACAGCGCAUCGAUCCUAUUCUUUGUACUUGUAAUCUCGCCCUAACUACAUCUAAAGGAUUGGUUAAAAGUGUUGUACUAAAGCCGCCUAGUGUACCUGAGAUGCUUUGCAGCAAUAAAUGAGAAAACCAACUAGGCAUUAUUGCAAAUAAGUGAUCUGAAAAAAAUAUUUAUAUUUAGUAAUUAUCCAGUCAAACUAAUGACUCUUUGUACCUUGAUAGAAGUGGUAGAAACCCCACCACAAUGCAGAAUUUGGAACAUACGAACACAGACUGGCAAAAUAGCCUCUAUAAAAUCCUGCGAUGCCAUCAGUCCUAAAUAUUUGCUUAGCUACCUCCACAGUUAUAGUGAAUUUACUUUGGUUGGGCUUCGUUUUAAUACCCAAAUUAUUAAAGGCCUGAAAAAUAAAAUACAAUUUAUACACUUUAAAUAAAAAAUAAAUAUUCAUUAUACCUGUUCCUCCCUGCCAUGAACGCCCAUCAUCAUUAAGUGCUGACUAAGUACAUCAAAUGGCACUACUAUGGAUUGCCCUAUAACCGAUGCACAUCCUCCUGCUAUAAGAGCCCUCAAACUAGAAGGAACUCUGUUGUCUUGCAUCCCAUGUCUUAUACUUUCGUAGGUUGAAAUGUAGAAAAC